UCGCCUCCCUUGAGCCAUCAUGGACUUCAGCCAGCCGUUCUCUGUGCUCAACGACAGGCUGAGACCUCAGUUCACCACCAGCGAGCAGCUCUACUCCUCCCUGACCCGGCUGGAGGACAGACAGCUGGGCUCGCUCCGGACCAGGUCCACACCUUACAGAGGCACGGUCCUGCCUGAACCUGAACCAGAACCUGAAGUCUCCGAGACCAUUACAGAACCUGAGGACGACUCGGAGCCGGAGGACUUGGUCUCGGAUGAGGGAAGCUGCUCUGACUUGAGGAGCCACUCAUGCCUCAUCACCGAGUUAAAUUUAAAGGAUUUUGGAGGAGAGGAGCUGGCGGAUGAAGACAGGAGCGUGUCCUCGUCCGAGGAGAAGGACACUCCAGGGGAGCUGUCCUCUCAGAGGAGCGGGGAGGCCUCAGGCUCCGACGCCAUGGAUGGAGACGAUGGGAGCUCCUACCAGACGAGCUACAUCACCAGGACGUCUCUACCAGACCUGAUCAACAGCGGCCGGCCGCUCAGCAGACGCAGGACGGUGGGACACGUCUCAGACACGCUUAAAGAAGUGCGCAGAGAGGUGGAGCUGUCCCGCAGACGCAGCAUCAAGCUCAAAGCUCAGGUGGACAAACUGCAGGAGAAACGAGACGGAGCGGGCUGGAGCCAGGACAGAGAGAGGGUGACGGAGGAGGUUCUGUCCGUGCUGCGGCUGCUGCGCCCGCUGACCGAGUCGGAGUCGAGCCCCCCGUCUCCAUCUCCGUCUCUGGGGGGGAAGCACCUGGACGCAGCGCUGGGCCAGCUGCAGAACGUGGCCCGAGAGUUGGCCAUCAACCACACCAUACAGUCCAAAUCAGGGAAAGGAGCGGUGGACAGUGGCGUCCUGCAGCAGGCGCUACGGGACCGAGAUGACGCCAUAGAGAAGAAGAAGGCGAUGGAGGCCGAGCUGCUGCGGAGCAAAACGGAGCUGAUGCUGCUGAACAACCAGCUGCUGGAGGCCGUGCAGAAACGCCUGGAGCUGUCGCUGGAGCUGGAGUCCUGGAAGGAGGACGUCCAGCUGAUCAUCCAGCAGCAGCUGCAGCAGCAGCAGCAGGCGGAGCAGGCUCAGAGGAAGCCGUCCCGUCUGGGGAUCCUCCGGAGAAACAAGCCGUCCGUCCAGCGGCCGCCCACGCCCGCCGCUCCCACCACCAACUCCAACCAGAUCUUUGUCCCCCGAUCUGCAGCCGCCGCCCCCCCGACUCCCGGCACGCCUCCCUCCACCGGGACCAAAAGCAACUGGAGGGACAAGCUGAGGAGGAGGACCGGGCGGCAGGAGGAGCAGGACGCAGUGGGGACCGAACCAGACGGCUUCCAGGUCAUAUCGCUCGACUGAACACAUCAAAUUGCACUGAGAACGUUUAUUCACAUGCACAGCAUUCAUGUUUGACACUUGAUGCUGUUUCACACGUGCACAUGGCCCAGAAUGCAAUGUAAACGAGUGUGAGGUGGAAACCUGAGAACUCCGCUGCACAAACACUGAGACUUGUCACUGCAGCAGGGAUGUCCUGAUCCCAACCAGUCACCAUCAGAUACUUCUUUUUUAUAGACAGUUUAACUGCACUGUGGACACUUCAAGUGCAUUAAAAUGACUAAGAUAGAGCUGCAACAAUAAUAAUCAAUUAUUGAAUUAAUCACCAACUAUUUUGAUAAUCAUUAAUUGGUUUAGCAGUUUUUAAAAAAAGACUUAAAUCCAAAUUCUCUGAUUUCAGCUUCUUCAAUGUGAAUAUUUCUGGUUUCUUUGUUCCUUUUAUGACAAACUGAAUAUCUCUUUGGUUUGUGGACAAAACAAGAGAUUUGAGGACGUCAUCUUGUGGUUUGGGAAACUCUGAUUGAUAUUUUUCAACAUUUGUUUGACCAAACAACUAAUCGAUUAAUCGUUUAAAUAAUCGACAGA